ACGACGCCUCUACGCCACGCCACGCGACGCGACCUUACCCAACGCACGCGGGCGCGGCGACAGAUCGCGGCGGCGAGACGAGCUCUCGCACCCGCUCCUCCUCCUGCUGCCGCCGUGCAUGGAGAGGAUCAUCGCCAUGUCCGUGGUGGGCGCGGGGCCCGGGAACGUGUUCGGCCCGGGCAUGAGCGCCGGCGCGCUGGAGAGCUUCGUCCACCGCCGGCAACCAGGCGCCGGCAACAAGGCGGCGUCGGCGGCGGCGGCCGAAGGGACAGGCCGCGGCAAGAGCCCUCCGUCGUCGGAGGCACGCGCGGCGCCGGCAGAGGCGAAAUCUGCGGCGGCGAAGGGCGGUGGCGCCGGCGCGCGGUUCGAUCCGGCGCUGGACCUGGAUGGGCUCUACUGCUUCGAGACCAUCUCCCCCCAUUGACAUGCUCUGCUCUGCCUGCUUCUUGUUCUUCUUCCCCCCUCUCUUGUUUGAUUCUGUCAUUUUUAGCGAUAUUAAUUUUCUCUCUGUUAGGUUGUGUGAUCUUUAGAGAUUAAGCAACAUGCUUCGAUUUGUUAAUUGCACUAGGAUGUAAUCGCCCUACUGAAAUCCAACGAAUUCGGUAUCCGAGUGUGUCUCUUCUUUCGAUUUUCAUUUUUUUCCCCCGCGAAGGGUGUCGGUCAAGCUAUCGAUGUGAUGCCAACACCAGUCAUAAGUCAA